AAAAAAAUGCACUCGAAUGACAGUUGCUGAUGUUCUCUUCUAGUCUUCUAUUUAACAGAGGGUUUCUUCAGGUAUAUGCUGUGAAGAUAACAAGAAACGAUGCGCCUGCAGGAGAUGGCAGCGCGCGGCUCUUCCACUUGCACCCCAGCUGUGACCCGAGUCAGGCAAGCGAAUCACAGCUGCGGGACGGACGAGGCAACCACUGCUCCUCCACCCCCGCUGAAUAAUCAGCAUCAGCCGGGACGUGAGAGAGGGGUCUCGCUCGACGCAGCGUGCCGUCCUCACCUCACCUGCUUGUUUUUCUUUCUUUCUCUCGCCAGCCUCGGCAUGCCAUGCCAAGCACCAACGACGAGAGCUCCACGCCUCGCUGCGUCCCGGCCCCGCCCCGUCGUGGCCGGCCGCUAACUCGGGACGGCCGCCUCUACAUAUACACGCGUGCCGCCCUGCCCUCCCGUCUCCAAAAGGCUCUAGCUGCGUCGUUCCUGCGACCGACGCCGGGCGCGCACCGCCGCCGGCACGCCCACGCGCGAUGAGGGACCUGGAGGAGUUCCGGGGCGGCGGCGAGGGGGAGCGCGGCGCGGGGUCCGCCGGCGCCGUGUCGUCGUCGUGGUGGUCGGGCGACCCGGAGGCGAAGCGCCGGCGGCGGGUGGCGGGGUACAAGGCCUACGCCGUGGAGACCAGGGUCAAGGCGUCGCUCCGCAAGGGCUUCCGCUGGAUCAAGGACCGCUGCACCGGCCUCGUUCGCCGCUACUGACCUGACCGAUCGGUGGCGAUCGAGGUGCUUGUCGUGUCAACCAUUUUCGGUUCAUGGUUUUUGGCGCGUGAGGAUGAUUUAACGGUCGUGUCCUUUAAUCCGCGUUUGUAAAGGUUCGUGCAAAUUAAAGUUUGUUUUCUGCUUCUUGCUGCUUUUUCCUGCGUGCUGCCUGACUGUUUUGUAACUUUGCCGUAACGUUGUUGUUGUUACGGAUGCAAUAGGAACACUUACAGAAAUGUUAGUCGUACAUCUGAGUAAGCCUCCUUCCCCGAA